CGCCGCGUCUCCUCCCUCUGAAAACCCGAGCCACUCCGCCGCUGCUCAGCCAUGGCGAUCCGCUCCAAGGCAUGGAUCUCGCUGCUGCUCGCGCUCGCCGUCGCGCUGUCCGCGAGGGCGGAGGAGGCCGCGGCGGAAGAGGAGGCUGUGCUCACCCUUGACGCGGAGAGCUUCGACGAGGCGGUCGCCAAGCACCCGUUCAUGGUCGUCGAGUUCUACGCUCCGUGGUGUGGGCACUGCAAGAAACUCGCUCCAGAGUAUGAGAAGGCCGCCCAGUUGCUUAGCAAGCACGACCCACCGAUUGUUCUUGCUAAGGUUGAUGCCAACGAGGACAAGAACAGGCCGCUUGCUACCAAGUACGAGAUCCAAGGGUUCCCGACCCUUAAGAUCUUCAGGAACCAGGGAAAGAAUAUUCAGGAAUACAAGGGUCCUAGGGAGGCCGAGGGCAUUGUUGAAUACUUGAAGAAGCAGGUUGGCCCUGCUUCCAAGGAGAUCAAGUCACCAGAAGAUGCGACUACCCUUAUCGAUGACAAGAAGAUCUACAUUGUUGGUAUCUUCACAGAAUUCAGUGGCACCGAGUUUACAAAUUUCAUGGAGGUUGCUGAGAAGCUGCGGUCUGAUUACGACUUUGGCCACACUUUGCAUGCCAACCACCUCCCACGUGGUGAUGCAGCAGCAGAGAGGCCUUUGGUUAGGCUGUUGAAGCCAUUUGAUGAGCUCGUUGUUGACAGCAAGGAUUUUGAUAUCUCUGCUCUUGAGAAGUUUAUUGAUGCUAGCAGCACCCCGAGAGUUGUCACUUUUGACAAGAAUCCUGAUAACCACCCGUACCUCUUGAAAUACUUCCAAAGCUCAGCUCCCAAGGCUAUGCUAUUUUUUAACUUCUCCACUGGACCAUUUGAGUCGUUCAAGUCUGCUUAUUAUGGCGCGGCAGACAAGUUAAAGGACAAGGAAAUCAAGUUCCUUAUUGGUGACAUUGAAGCCAGCCAAGGUGCUUUCCAGUACUUUGGCCUGAAAGAGGAUCAGGCACCCCUUAUGCUCAUUCAGGAUGGUGAUUCCAAGAAAUUUUUAAAGGAGCAGAUUGAGCCUGACCAGAUUGUCUCUUGGUUGGGGGAGUACCUUGAUGGUAAAUUGUCACCAUUCAAGAAGUCUGAGCCUAUUCCUGAGGUCAACAAUGAGCCUGUUAAAGUUGUUGUGGCUGACAACCUCAAUGAUCUGGUUUUCAAGUCUGGCAAAAAUGUUCUCCUUGAGUUCUAUGCUCCCUGGUGUGGACACUGCAAGAAGCUAGCAUCCAUCUUGGAUGAGGCAGCCACCACACUUCAGAGCGAUGAGGAUGUUGUCAUCGCUAAGAUGGACGCCACCGCAAAUGAUGUGCCCAGCGAGUUUGAUGUUCAAGGUUACCCCACCUUGUACUUUGUCACUCCCAGCGGGAAGAUAACCUCCUACGACAGUGGCAGGACCGCCGACGAGAUUGUCGAUUUCAUCAAGAAGAACAAGGAGACCGCUGCCCAGGCAGCGACGACGAUGGAGAAGGCAGACCCGGCUGCAACCGAGUCUGUUAAGGACGAGCUCUGAUCAAGUUUCCUGCAUCGAUUCGCCAGGUGCGGGUGCUUGUGGCUGGAAACAUGGGAGAGGGAAACCUGGCGCUAACAUGUUGACAGCUCCAACGCCAGAUUUUGCGAGGGAGAGGGCAAAGAGAGAGAGAACGGGGACCUGAUGUGUUGGCUCCGGCAUGUCUGUGUAACCCAUUGAGAAAUCCUGUACAAUCAGCCAGUAAUACCUAGUUAAUGUUCUCAAGUGACAGACAGUAGAGAGAAGGGAAUUGUGUUUAUGUUGGAUGAAUAAAUGGCGCUUCUGCCUCGUUUGCAUCAUAA